AUGUCUGACAGUCUGGAUAAUGAAGAAAAACCCCCAGCUCCCCCAAUGAGGAUGAAUAGCAACAAUCGGGAUUCUUCAGCACUCAACCACAGCACCAAACCACUUCCCAUGGCUCCAGAAGAGAAGAACAAGAAAGCCAGGCUACGCUCUAUCUUCCCAGGAGGAGGGGAUAAAACCAAUAAGAAGAAAGAGAAAGAGCGCCCAGAGAUAUCUCUUCCUUCAGACUUUGAGCAUACGAUUCAUGUGGGGUUUGAUGCAGUCACCGGGGAAUUCACUAACUCCCCUUUCCAGACCUCUAGACCUGUGACGGUCGCUUCAAGUCAAUCAGAGGGAAAAAUGCCAGAUCUCUAUGGCUCACAGAUGUGCCCAGGGAAGCUCCCAGAGGGAAUUCCUGAGCAGUGGGCACGAUUACUCCAAACCUCGAACAUAACAAAAUUGGAACAGAAGAAGAACCCACAAGCUGUUCUAGAUGUUCUCAAAUUCUAUGAUUCCAAAGAAACAGUCAACAACCAGAAGUAUAUGAGCUUUACAUCAGGAGAUAAAAGUGCACAUGGAUACAUAGCAGCGCAUGCUUCAAGUACAAAAACAGCAUCAGAGCCUCCUUUGGCUCCUCCUGUAUCUGAAGAGGAAGAUGAAGAAGAGGAGGAAGAAGAAGAUGACAAUGAGCCCCCACCAGUUAUUGCACCAAGACCAGAGCAUACAAAAUCGAUCUAUACUCGUUCUGUGGUUGAAUCCAUUGCUUCACCAGCAGCACCAAAUAAAGAAGUUACACCACCAUCUGCUGAGAAUGCCAAUUCCAGUACUUUGUAUAGAAAUACAGAUCGGCAAAGGAAAAAAUCCAAGAUGACAGAUGAGGAGAUUCUAGAGAAACUAAGAAGCAUUGUGAGUGUUGGCGACCCAAAGAAAAAAUAUACAAGAUUUGAAAAAAUUGGUCAAGGGGCAUCAGGUACUGUGUACACAGCACUAGAUAUUGCAACAGGACAAGAGGUGGCUAUAAAACAGAUGAACCUUCAGCAGCAACCCAAAAAGGAAUUAAUUAUUAAUGAAAUUCUGGUCAUGAGGGAAAAUAAGAACCCUAACAUUGUUAACUAUUUAGACAGCUACUUAGUAGGCGAUGAACUGUGGGUAGUCAUGGAAUACUUGGCUGGUGGCUCUUUAACUGAUGUGGUCACAGAGACUUGUAUGGAUGAAGGACAGAUAGCAGCAGUCUGCAGAGAGUGCCUCCAAGCUUUGGAUUUCUUGCACUCAAACCAAGUAAUCCAUAGAGACAUAAAGAGUGACAAUAUUCUUCUCGGGAUGGACGGUUCUGUUAAAUUGACUGACUUUGGGUUCUGUGCCCAGAUCACUCCUGAGCAAAGUAAACGAAGCACUAUGGUGGGAACACCCUAUUGGAUGGCACCAGAGGUGGUAACUCGAAAAGCUUAUGGUCCAAAAGUUGAUAUCUGGUCUCUGGGAAUUAUGGCAAUUGAAAUGGUGGAAGGUGAACCCCCUUACCUUAAUGAAAAUCCACUCAGGGCAUUAUAUCUGAUAGCCACUAAUGGAACCCCAGAGCUCCAGAAUCCUGAGAGAUUGUCAGCUGUAUUCCGUGACUUUUUAAAUCGCUGUCUUGAGAUGGAUGUGGAUAGGCGAGGAUCUGCCAAGGAGCUUUUGCAGCAUCCAUUUUUAAAAUUAGCCAAGCCUCUCUCCAGCCUGACUCCUCUGAUUAUUGCUGCAAAGGAAGCAAUUAAGAACAGCAGCCGCUAGGACUUCAAGCCUUACCCUCUCCAUCUCCUUCAUGAGUAAGACUGAAAUAGAACUGCUGCAGGAAAGAUGAAGACAAGACAGUCAAAGGGGGUGGGGA